AUGGGUUUCAUGAAAUCUCGAGAUGAUCAUACUCUGUUCGUCAAGCUUGAGGCAGGACGAUAUCUGGCAGUUCUCAUUUACGUUGAUGAUAUCCUGGUAGCAAGCAACAAUGAUGAUGCAGUCACAGAGUUUAUCUGUGAGUUGGAGUCACAUUUUAAACUUCGAAACCUUGGCGAAGCAAAGUAUUUCCUUGGCUUGGAGAUUGCGAGGUCUGAGAAAGGUAUAUUGGUGUGCCAAAGGAAAUACACUCUUGAGUUGCUUGAUGAUGCAGGUUUUCUCGGCAGUAAACCUUCUUCGAUACCUCUUGACCCUACUGUAAGACUGUCGAAGGAGACUAUCAUACCAAAAGACGGUUCUAAGGUUGUUCACGAAAUGGGAGCAUUAUUAGCUGAACCGAAAGUUUACUGA